AUGGGCAAUUUCAAAGGUCAUGCUCUGCCUGGGAGUUUUUUCCUCCUCUUUGGCUUGUGGUGGUCAGUGAAGUACCCACUAAAAUAUGUCUGUCGAAAGAACAAGAAUGCUUGUUACCUUGGUUCCAGGGCAGGAUUUCAGCGCCUGGAAUUUAUUGAGGGGAUCGUCAAAGCAGUAUUUGCCCUGAUUGGUAUGAUAGCUGAGCAGUUUGUUCCUGAUGGGCCUCAUCUGAAGUUGUAUAAUUAUGAGGAAAAACACUGGGAUCACUUGAUGAACUGGCAGCAUGCCACCAUGUAUCUCUUCUACGGCAUCUCAGGGCUGGUUGACAUUGUGGCUCAUGGCACCAAUGCAUUGCCAGUGGCCUUGGAUAGGAUGAUGCUUUCGUUAGCAGUUUUCAUUGAAGGUUUUCUCUUUUAUUACCACAUACAUGGGCGAGCCAUGCUGGAUUUUCAUGUUCAUCAGUUACUUUUAGUGGCUAUCUUUGGAGCAGCUUUUUGCAUAUUUCUGGAAGUCUUCUUCCGCGGCAGCAUUGUCCUUGAGAUGCUCCGGACGAGUCUCUGCAUUCUGCAAGGUAGCUGGCUCUGGCAGAUUGGUUUUGUACUUUAUCCUCCAAAUGGCAGACUGGAAUGGAACCAAAUGGAUCACAAUAAUAUGAUGUUCUUGACAAUGUGCUAUUGCUGGCAUUAUGCCUUUGCUUUUCUUAUACUUGCAAUGAAUUACACUAUUGUCAGCUGGGUAGUUCGUUCAAAGAUUAAACAGGCCCAGUCCGUGGAGAUGGGAUUACUGAAAACAUCCGAACGAGAUCAGGAAUCAGAAGACGAAAUCUAUUCUCUCAUGUUUUCAUCAUACACUCCAAGGCAAGAUCCCGGUUCUGCAGUCCUUAUGUAA